CGAACUAACCACAAAAACAUUGUGCGCGUUGUCUCAGCGCUGCUGCUGGUGGUAUUGUGCUGGAAGUUUCCACGUUUCAUUUUGCGUUUGUAGUCAUCGGGGGUGGAGCCGCAUUUGCACAUCGACAACAUGACGGGAACCGCAGAGGUCCGCAAUCCAGUCGUUCUGUGGGCGCAGCGGAAAGAUUGCGUGUAUCUUACGGUCGCGGUUGAGGACUGCAAAAAUGCUCAAGUGAAGAUCGAGAGCGACAAGGUGAUUUUCAAAGGUACUGGCGGUGAUAAGCACACGUAUGAAUGCACGCUAACUCUGUAUGGGAAAUUGAAGGUAGACGAAAGUAAGUUUGUGACUCGCGAUCGUGCUACCGAAAUGUUGUUGGUCAAAGAAUCCAAAGGCGAAUAUUGGCCGCGCCUGCUCAAAGAUACGACAAAAAUGCAUUGGCUGAAGGUCGAUUUUAACAAGUGGAAGGACGAAGAUGAUUCCGACGCCGAGGAUAUGUCUGGUGGUAACUUUGAAGAAAUGAUGCGCCAAAUAGGAGGAUUUGGUGGUCCUGAUGCGGCCGGAGGCGACUUCGAUGACGAGGUAGACUCAGAUGACGAAGGCCUGCCUGACCUCGAGCCAACGAAGGCCGAUAAUAUUGUCGAGUCCAAGGACACGAAGGAAGACGAGGAAAAGAAAGAAUAAAUGUGUGACAAAACGAUUUCCUAUAAACGAACACAUAACAAAAGGGUUCGAAAGUGGAGUGAGUGUCGUCCUGGGUUGAGAGGGCUACAAGUGGGAGAUAGCUAUAUAUAUGUGUAUAUAUAUAUGUAUAUGUAUAUAUAUACAUGUGUAUAUAUAUAUAUAUAUAAUAUAU